AGCAGAGAGCGGUUUAGCUGGCUCUGCCUCGGUCGGAGCCGUGGAGUGGAGUAUCGAGAGAGCAACCGAGGUCCCGUUGGCCCUGGUGGUCGCCUGCCCCGGGUGAGGCGUCAUGAAAGCGCGUCAGUCGACCGAGUACACCUCCGGCCGUACGAAAGCAAGCUGAACGCUCCGUUUGCUGUUCGUUUCCCCGCUCUUCCUCUCCGUCGCGCUUGCGUCCGAUUUCGGAGCACGACGUUGACACGCGGCGGCCGGCGGCGAACCUUCCAGGACUUCCUCCCCGGGGGUUUACCGGGACCUCAGGAUGACAGAGACGGCAGGCAGAUGUCUGGCUGGAUCAACGAGCGGCUGCAGUGGUGAACGAGAUUACGAGUUUCAGGGAUGUUCUUCCCUCUCGUGCUAACGAAGCGUGAUUGGGGCGGUGAAGUGAUAUACGACCAGUGUCCUGGUUUUGGAUAGUACCUCGUGGUAGCCGGUGAUUUUAUGCUCCAGGAGAAGAGACUCUCUCUCUCUCUCUCUCUCUCUCUCUCUCUCUCUCUCUCGUUCUGCGUUCGGCGUUUGGUGUUUGUCAUCGCACGGAGUUCCUCUUAGGUCUGAUCUUCUUCAUUAGCAUUUCAUGACGUUCCAAUAGCGCGCAAAUAGACCUUUUCUCGAUGUCCUAACAAAGGUACACGGAGCGGUGAAGGACAAUGGCUUCAAAAUAACGGCUCCAGGUAUGCGCUCUUUUGUUAAAGCCAGACGGAUUUCCCGAUCAUAUACCAGACAACUCUCGUUUACCGUGGCUUUUGUCGCGACCAGUGAUUCGGAAUAGGUUCGCCUUAUGAUCUGUGACGUGCUGUGCGGUAAAUCUUCUCACGUGUAAUAUACCGCGCGGGGGAUCACAGUAAAUGUGACAGAAGGAAACUUCCUUCUCGGUAAGUGUACGCAUGAAGAAAACUGCAGAACUGUGGCCAGCUGCAGAACACGGCCAUAAUUUAUAUUGAAUUGUUUUGCGUUACGUCACGCGGUUGAACUUGUAUGUUUUAUCAGUGACACCGGAUAAAGCGCAGUAAAAACAGUAGAGAUCUAGCUAGACAUAUGUGCAUCGUACAAGAAGCCCCGAGAACUGUCGUACGAUCUCCUCGAUUCUAUUUUUCUCACGAAACUCUCUACGAAUUUUGCGUCCUCCGAAUGAGGAAACGUUCGAAUGACUAUUAGACAUCACCUCGUUGAGAUUAGAACAAAGAGUAAAUAAACGCGCGAAGGGAACGACUGAACCGACCUCUCGUUGUAGACAGAAUCGCGCGCUUCCGAUCACCGAACGAUCUCUUCCGGCCAUCUCUAAUGUUUGGCGGAGCUUGCCUCCAUCACCUCAUCAUUGUCACGUCGAUGCGUCACCCCUGCAGUUCGUUAUUCCCUCUUGCACUUUCAAGUGGUCAGACCGCAUGGUAACGGAGGGAUGAAAGUAGAUCCAGUACAGGGUAUACAUUUGAUAUCGUAUCUUGUUUCGCGAACAGCUCGGCGCGACGACGGAAUAAUACAGCAGGGGACAUAACGCGGCUAGAUAUAAAGAAAAAAACGGUGCAGUAUGCGCUUUUUUUGCGCUGCCAACGACCAAUCGAUUUUGUAACGUUCUCAGCCAGCGGUCGCUGUUUUCUCCCUCGUGUGCAACCCUCUCUCGGCGGGUUGCACACGAUAUAUUUACAUGAGGUAUUUCAAAAGUAACGUCGAGGAAAACGAAACCGUCCGCUGGUCAUCGGUGAGGCGAACGAACCGGUAUUCUGCUGAUUAACAUGAAAAAGGAGCGGAGCAAACGGCAGCGGUAACGUGCAAGACGCGAAAUAAAGGCACGAUAUCGUCUCGGCAUUCCUGGACUUACCGAUCGCCUCUCUUCGAACGCUUAAACCUUUUGUCAAACGUGAAAUAUUUUCAACGUCAUGAUGUAAGAGGAGGUACUCACGAGAGAUAAGAUUGAUAAGAGGAAGACGCAGAUCGGGUCGUGAAAAUCCUCCGGGUCGUGAAAGAAGUCCCGCACGCGAGGGAAGCAUCACGACGUUUGAAAUUAACGCGAGAAACAUUCCACUUGUCUUGUUACACCGCGGGGCGAGAUAAGCCUGACUGAAGAAACGCCCUCGGUUGCUCAUUCGCGAACGCCCGCAACAAAUCCGAGCCGUCUAGUCUUCGUAGAAAUACCAGCUCGUGCAGCUCGUUGAAGAGCUGCCCCACGAGGAGAGCCACUAUAAUACGAUACGGAAGAAGGAAAAAAGUCAAUCUACUGCGUUCAAUCAGGGAAGACUUACGUAACUCUGGACACCUGACACAGAGCGCGGAUGUACGGUGGGGAUGUCCAGAGAUUAAAAGCAGCGACGUCCACGGGACUCGCGAGCAUCGGCCGCGUCAUUAUUUCCGGUAGUUCGGAUUCGUGAUAACACAUAUAGUCUUCAGUCAGUCAGGAGGCUCCGACGCGACGGCACGCGCGGUUCGCCGGCUGAUAUGGCAACUGUCGUUCCUUCCAGCGUGGUCCCUCGGCUCCUUCGCCAUUACCGCCGUAACUACCUCCGACACCGGCGUAGCUGUCAAACGAUCGAACAGGUGUUACCUCCGCGAGGUGUCCGGAGUGGGAUACACGAUUUCUUGUGAUAGCACACGCGCGGCUCGAAGAAGCAGGUCCCCAAGUAAGUCGUCGAUCAAUCGAUGUGACACGUACAUUCCUCAAGCAUUCCUCGUUACUUUGACCGGGCGCCGAGGGGUGUCUUCGGGGCGAGUGUGGGGGUGAGCCGUUCUGUGUGAAAAGUGUCAGUGGAGUGUGUCAGUCUGCCGGCGAGCUGCGGGAAACAGGCGUGGCCAGCGGCUGCUGCAGGAAGACGGAAAUUGGACAGUCGGUGAGAUUCAUCGAGGAUGGCGCGCCGUAAGAUGUCCUGCUCGCGAUCGAUGCGGCAAUCCAAACUCAGCGGCAUCCCGUUGCUGCUGAUUCUAUUAGCGGAGGUCACGUAUUCGGCCGAUCUCGCGAUCGAGAUACCGGGAAAUCUCAGCCAGGGUGGUUCCUGGUACCGUUUGGAGUACAGCCCGCCCGUCGGCUCGCCGCCGCCUAACACCACUAUAGCCGCUACCGAGAUCGGUGAUGUCAUAAAGUUCAAGGACGGCCUGCCCGGGACAAAAUAUGAGUACUGGUUGUACUACAGCAACAGCACCCUUCACGAUUGGCUGACGUGGACCGCGUCAAUCACCACACCGCCCGACCCUCCCUCGAAUUUGACGAUCUCGGUGCGAAAUGGGAAAACCGCGAUCGUCUAUUGGUCGCCCCCGGCCAAGGGAAAUUAUUCCGGUUUCCGGCUGCGGACGCAGAGCUUCAGCGACACCGGCAACCCUAAAACCAGCGUCAUCCCGGUCGACUCGGUGCCCUACACCCUCCGGGACCUCACUCCCGGCGCCACGUACUCGCUCCAGCUGUUCACCGUGCUGGACGCCAAAGAGAGUGUCGCCUACACCAGCAGGAAUUUCACAACGAAGCCGAACACCCCGGGCAAGUUCAUCGUCUGGUUCCGGAACGAGACGACGCUGCUGGUACUAUGGCAGCCGCCGUAUCCUGCCGGGAUUUAUACUCAUUACAAAGUCAGUAUAGAUCCACCGGACGCCAUAGAGUCCGUUCUCUAUGUGGAGAAGGAAGGCGAGCCACCUGGUCCUGCACAGGCGGCUUUCAAAGGACUCGUUCCAGGCAGAGCGUAUAACAUUUCCGUGCAGACCGUCUCCGAGGAUGAAACGUCCGCGCCCACUACGGCCCAAUACCGUACGGUGCCGUUGCGUCCUCUCAACGUGACCUUCGACAAAUCUUCCGUGACGUCGACUUCCUUCCGCGUAUUUUGGAACCCGCCGAACGGCACGUCCGAGUUCGACAAGUAUCAAAUAUCGCUGGGUAGUAAUCGCAGACUGACACCGGUUACACGAAAUCGAGACGACGAGAGCAGAUGGGAGUUCAAGGACUUGGAGCCUGGCAAGACGUACCAGGUGGUAGUGAAGACCGUUUCUGGCAAGGUUACCAGUUGGCCCGCCAGCGGAGAUGUUACUUUGAAGCCGCUGCCUGUUCGCGAUCUCCGGGCUGUGAUUGAUGAGAGAACCGGUAUGGUGGAAGUUUCCUGGAGUCCAGAAAAUACCAGCACGCAAGACAGUUACAAGUUGCAAUACCACGAAGUGGAAACAACGAUUGGCGGCGACAGCAACACAUUGACCACCGAUAAAACGCAGGUCACACUGGAAGCACUCUUGCCGGGAAGAAAUUAUUCCAUAAUAGUUCAAGCGAUCAGCAAUAAAAUUGAAUCGAACGAGACUAUUCUGUACCAAGCGACACGUCCAGCUAGUCCCAUAAUCGAAGAUCUGAAGCCGAUCGAGAAGGGCUUGAAUAUAUCCUGGAAGAGCGACGUCAAUUCCAAGCAAGAGAAAUUCGAGGUGACCCACAACAGGAACGACACCGGGGAAAGUGCUACCACUUUGACCACGGAGUCGCACAUUGUCUUGGAAGAUCUUUAUCCCGGUGCAGCAUAUGAGGUCAAGGUCUUCGCCAUUAGUCAUGGACUCCGAAGCGAGCCGCACGACUAUCUGCAAGCCGUCUUGCCUCAUCCACCAAAAAACCUGAGCAUCGAGAAAGUCACGAGCAACACCGUUGUUGUACACUGGGAAGCGCCGACCGACUCGAUAUUCACCGAGUACUCCAUCAGAUAUCGCACAGAGGAUGAGCCGAGGUGGGAGAAGCUACCCAGCGUCCGCGUAACGGAAGCGGAAGUAGCGGAUAUGACGCCAGGCGAGAGAUACACCAUACAAGUGAACACCGUCAGCUACGGCGUCGAAAGUUUGUACCCGUUGCAAGUAAACCACACAGUCAGACCCAACCCGGUUCUGAAUAUCACGCCGAUCAUCGACUCCACGAACGUGACUCUGGAGUGGCCGCGGCCUGAAGGUCGAAUCGAGACCUAUGUUAUAAAGUGGUGGCCGAUGGAGAACCCGGAGGACCUCAGGACGAAGAACGUCAGCGAGAGUAACGACGUGUCCGGCAUCAGUUUCGAAGAGAACGCUGUGCACACCGAAAGGGUUCUGGUGGGUGACUUGAUGCCCGGAGUGGAGUACUUUUUCGUCGUCUACACAAUCUCCUAUGAUCUGGUCAGCGAUAUCACCAAUCUGACCACAAGGACGAUGCCGCUGAUCCAGUCCGAGGUCGUCGUAGUGGUCGAUCGCGAUCAGCCGGGGUCCUUGACGUUGAUAUACACGCCGACGCCGAUUCAGUCUUCGAGGUUCGAUCUCUACCGGUUCAGGAUUAGCGACGCGAAUAAUACCACGGAGGAGCGCAGAGUGGAGAACACUGACACCAAAGUGACAUUUGUCGGAUUAACACCUGGCAAACUGUACAACGUGACCGUCUGGACAGUAAGCGAUAAUGUGGAGAGCAGACCUCUCCUACGGCAGGACAGACUCUAUCCCGAACCGAUCACUGAGAUUCACGCGGUUGACAUAAAUGAUACGAAGAUCACUUUGACUUGGGACCUACCGCAUGGAGAGUACGAUGCUUUUGAAGUGCAGUACAUUAACACGGAAGGCAACUACAUCCAAAACAUAACCACGGCCAAUAUGAUCGUCAUAUCCGAUCUCAAGCCGCAUAGAAAUUAUACGUUCACAUUGGUUGUACGUUCGGGCACAGAAUCUUCUUACCUGAGGGUCUCGAAUCCGCUCAGCGCCAGCUUCACCACCAGCGAGUCGUAUCCAGGAAGGGUGGAGAAGUUUCAUCCAACCGACAUCCAGCCGAGUGACAUCAGCUUCGUGUGGUCUCUGCCCAGUCAGGAGCAAAAUGGCGUUAUCAGAAAAUUUAGCAUCACGUAUGGACUAGAAGGUUCCACCCACACUCACACCCAAGAUUUUAAGCCUAACGAAUUCCGCGGGAUCAUCAAGUCCCUUAUACCGGGCAAAACUUAUACUUUCCGAAUCCAAGCGGAGACGAGGGUCGGCUUCGGCCCUGAAGCGAUCUGGAAGCAGAAGAUGCCGAUAUUAGCACCGCCAAAGCCGCCGACGCAGGUGGUGCCAACUGAGGUCUGCAGGAGCAGCACGACUAUUCAAAUUAGAUUCAGGAAAAAUUACUUUAGUGAACAGAACGGAGCGGUCACGUCGUACACCAUCGUUGUAGCGGAGGACGAUAGCAAGAAUGCUUCUGGAUUGGAGAUGCCGAGUUGGAGAGACGUCCAGGCCUACAGUAUUUGGCCACCUUACCAGGUAAUGGAGCCGUAUUAUCCUUUCAAAAAUGGAUCCGUGGAGGACUUCACGAUCGGCUCCGAGAAUUGCGACAACAAAAAGAUCGGCUACUGCAACGGACCGUUGAAAUCAGGAUCAACGUAUCGGGUGAAGGUGCGCGCGUUCACGGCACCUGACAAAUUUACGGAUACCAGUUACAGCUUCCCCAUUCAAACAGGAUUGCUGCUGGCAGAUAAGGACAAUACGGCCAUCAUAGUCGGUGUCGUCGUCGCCAUAGCGGUGCUCCUGGGCCUGUUGGGCAUCGGGCUGUUUGUGCGUAGAAGAAGAAGCCAAGGUCGUAAGACGACAGAAACCAGAGCUACGGAUAACCUGUCGUUGCCAGACAGCGUCAUCGAGACCAGUCGGCCUAUCAAGGUCGAGGACUUUGCUGAACACUAUCGCACUAUGUCGGCGGACUCUGACUUCCGGUUUUCGGAAGAAUUCGAGGAGCUGAAGCACGUCGGGAGGGACCAGCCGUGUACCGCGGCGGAUUUGCCCUGCAACCGACCGAAAAAUCGCUUCACCAAUAUUCUUCCAUACGAUCACAGUAGAUUCAAGCUCCAACCAGUCGAUGAUGAAGAAGGCUCCGACUACAUCAACGCCAAUUACGUUCCGGGUCACAAUUCGCCACGGGAGUUCAUCGUGACUCAAGGCCCGCUGCAUUCGACUCGAGACGACUUUUGGCGGAUGGUGUGGGAGAGCAACAGCAGAGCGAUCGUGAUGCUGACGAGGUGUAUCGAGAAGGGAAGAGAAAAGUGUGACCAUUACUGGCCGAUGGACACUUUACCCGUUUAUUAUGGGGAUAUCUGCGUCACGAUACUCAAUGAGACGCACUAUCCGGAUUGGAGUAUCACGGAAUUCAUGCUGUGCAGAGGCGACGUAAAAAGAGUGAUACAGCAUUUCCAUUUUACCACCUGGCCGGACUUUGGCGUUCCUAGUCCACCUCAAACGUUAGCUAGGUUCGUGCGAGCGUUCAGGGAACGAGUCAGGCCUGAUCAGAGGCCCAUAGUUGUCCAUUGCAGCGCCGGUGUUGGCCGUAGCGGCACCUUCAUCACUCUCGACAGAAUAUUACAGCAGAUAUUGGUAUCGAAGUAUGUCGACAUCUUCGGGAUCGUCUGGGCGAUGAGAAAGGAGCGAGUCUGGAUGGUCCAGACGGAGCAGCAGUACAUUUGCAUCCAUCAAUGCCUCUUGGCAGUCUUGGAGGGACAAGAUACCACUGGACCACCGCGAGAGAUACAUGACAAUCAAGGAUUUGAAGGCAAGAAUCGAAGCUCGGUCGAAAACACUAAGAGUCCCGCCGAGGAUGAGAAGGAAAGGUGACCCUCAAACAGCGAUUCCUGCAUCGACGAUGACGAGGGCAUAGCCGAGUCAGGGAUGUGAUGGUUCGAACGCUGGUUAGGAAUAAUGAAUGAUGACGAUGGCAGACGACGAUGGAUCUCACCUUUCCCAAAGGUGCUUGAAUCUUCUGGAUUGUUCAAGUUUCCUUGGAAGGAAAACACUAGCCAGAAAAAUAGCGAUUCAAUUGUGGGAUGAAGGGAGGAGCAUGGACGAUGGUAACAGGUGAUAUAAUAAUUUGGGGAUUAGUAAGAUCGCGUGCCGCGAAGCGAAAACCAAUCGGAGAAAUCGGCGGCUUGGAGGUCGGAAGAAGAAUACAACGUUUCGCAUAUGGAGCAACGAGCGAGCGCAUAUAUAUAUACAUAUAUUUUUAUUCUUUUAUUGUCUACAUAUCGAAGAGAAACGUGUUCAAUUCGUAAUACAUGUAUGUAUAGCCUAGCGUUUCACGGCCGUGAUAGUUAUAUCGGAAAUAUCGAAAAAGUGGAACUCUCCAUAGCAGACGAUAACUCGAGAGAGGACGAUGUCAAAUUGAAUAUGCUGCCAAGUAUGGGUUUACGAAUCAAAUGACGUGCGCGAUACUUCGCAUCGUGCGGUGUAUUAGUGUGUGACUCAUGUAUACAUAUCUAUACCUAUACAUACAUACAUAUAUGUAUCUAUCUACUAGGUAGCAGUUUCCGGGGAAGCUGAUAAAGCGCGUAAUGUUGAUAGAUAUAAGUCUCGUGUAUCGUGACAAGUGCAAGGUCGCAUAUUCCACUGGUUGUGUCGCGAUGGGGCCUCGGACCACAUCGCAUCCGCAAUGAGUCUGUCGCGAAUGUCUUUGAUGGAAACGUCAUUUAGAAAUGGAACUCAAAAAAACCCGGAUGUACCACAAAAGACGCUGUCUAGACGCUGUCUUGAUUCCUUCUGAUGCCGAUACUUCACUGAGAUUACCACCAAUAAUACUUUGUUGUCAUAUUCCGCGUUUCGCUGCAGAUAGAAAGGAAGGAGCUGUCCUACUUGUUGCCUAAUUGUUGCUUUCUUUUCUUUCUUCUUUUCAAAAUUCACGCACUCCUAUUGGGUGAUACUUAAGAAUGAUUCGUUGCGAAAGUGAGGCACAGAGAUCCCCCCUCCCCUCCCCUCCCCUUCCCCCGGUGAUCGCGUAGGUUGAGUUAUUGUUCGGAGGAGUGGCAAACCGUCCGUCCAAGAGCCGUGUAUUAGACGCGCUAGAUGAUGAUUUAAUAAGUAAAUAACAUUAACACGUUGUAAACGAAUUACCUAGAAUGAAAAUCGGAGAGAUGAGCGGGUGUGGUUGUACGGAGCUUUUAAUCGAUCCUUCUUUCUGAGAUGGGCGAAACAAUGUCAGUGGGAACAAGAAACUCGCAUUUUCGUAGGAGCCAUAUCACUUUUCAAAGAGGUCACAGAGUACGUGUGUAUAUGUGCGUAUGCGUAUAGGUGUGUGCGUGCGUGCGUGUAUGCAGCUGAUCGAUCAUCGAUCCGAGCCGUCACGAAGCGAUAUGCCAGCCCCUUUCAUCAUUAUUACAUACAUUAUCACAUGGUUCUCGUAGAGAAACAAUACGUCAUCACUUAUUUGCAGAAAUGAAGAAACAGAGUCCCUUUACACACCCACACACACACACACGCACAUGCACACUGUGUAGUAGAUGUAAACAGCCGUUCGGAUGAUGAUUCUCAGUUUCGGAUGAUUUCACCUAGAAAAACUCGCUCUUGACUUUGCAACUUGAAGUUUCUUCUUGAUAGCAGCCAUCUGCAAGUCAAAUUAAGGAAUUGGAUUGUCACUUACAGUAUUCAGCGUGUUUUUCUCGCGGUGAUAUACAAGUAAAUGUACUUAAUUUUAUACUCAGCGCGUCGUAGAGAAUGUAAGUGUUGGUUACAUGCUGUAGAUAAACUUUUGCAAUUAGAAUUAAUUGAAUUUCCCCCGUUGGAUUUUCCAAAGGGAUAUAAUUAAAAGGAAAAAGGAAUCGUGUUCAUCGACGUUGUAUUUUUGCCACUCAAGCAUUUAAGUCGACCACAUCGUGCAGCGUAAAUAAUUCAUUUUUGUUCUUUGCCUAGAUAAUACUUUAGUUUGGCGGACGAUAUUGAAUUUUCAUCAAACUCUUAAUUUAAUAUUUGUGACUUCAAUCUCACAAUUUCGCAUUAUACUGUUUACUUUAGCACGUACCUAAAUGCGCUAUUGUUGAAAUAAUUCGACGAUCGAUGAUUCCUCUUAAUACUCAGACAAACUUUCACCAAUUCGACAAAUUUCACCGUCGUACUUUUGUGCUGCAAAAGCGAUUAUGCGGUAUAAAUAUUAUCUCUUCGCGAGAUACAAAUUUACAUGUCAAUCUGUCGCAACUUUUCCUUUUUUAUAUAUUUAUUUUAAGACACAUGUAUACCGAAUAUAUGAGGUUGUACUUUAUUUAAUUGAAACAUAACAUCGUCGUUAUGAGAUAUAUAUAUAUAUCGAUAUAAGUGUCGUACGCGCACGCGAACAAUCUAAUAAUAUCUUGUACAAUUCCUCAACGCUGCAUAACAUAGCGUUGCGAUACUUGGUUGAAUGAAACAUUGCACACAUAUACAUCAUUAGAGAAUCUUAUACAUUAAGAGUCAAGCUUAAAUAUUAUCUAUUUUAUUAUCGUUAUCUCAAUUAUCUUUUUUAAUUGUAAUUGUGACUAUCGUUUGCGAUAUUGUCGCUAAUGUCGAAAAUUGUCAUCUACACUAUUAGUAGAACUAAAAAUCUUUUGGAACAAUACCGUCGUCCUCGUCGGACGCGUCGGUUGCAUCGUCAGUAGCUUAAGAACACACUUGUGUGUUUUCUUCUAAAAGUGGAGAUAGAUGAUUUACUAUAAACGAAAAAUAUAACUCUCUGUCCUACAUUUAGAUAAUGCAGAGAAAGCUGUACGUCUACUCCAACUUUCAGAAAACCAAGUAGCUUUUCGUGCAAUCAUGAUCGCUGUUAUUUUAUAUUGUUAAAGUAAGAGAGAGAGAGAGAGAGAGAGAGAGGGCGAUAUAGUUCGUUAGACUUUAAUUUAUGUAACAAAGUUACAUCGAGGACGGAAAGUACGUGGAUUAAAUUCUAAUUCGCGAACUUGGCGUUUGGAUUGUUUUGUAUUACUUUAUUCUGUGAUAAAUCACGAUCGUCGAUCAAGGACGAGGAACAAAGGACCGGUCAGGCACAAGCGCAGCAAGUCUUCCAGAACGGAUUGACGACAAAAUUGCUGUUUAUCGCUGUCGCCUGCGUUAAUUUGUGAUUCGUGCGAAUCAGUCGCCGCCGUUUGAAACGAACUUCGAGAUCCGGAAAUUGCAGGAUGAGAUUGCAGUUGAAACGUAUUACGCGUCGGAGCGUGCAUCUGCAAUGCGAUAUUGUACAUAAUUUUACAUUUUAAGGUUUUAUGUCGGGGUUAUUCCGUAAACCUUCGCCCUCAGGAGCGAUUCUUUGCGAAGAGCAACGGCGAAACGGCAGGUUUUGUUCGGUUGUCGGUGUAUCGAUUGCGAGACGCUCACAAACGGCGGGAAGCCACUUGCCGUGGCGCCGGCAAGAUUGACUUACUCAUGCGCGACUUGUGAAAUUCAAAUCGAAUAUCUGAAAGUAAAAGCGAGAGGCAGGAAAUUGCUGCUUCCGUCGAAUCCCGCCGCUGUUUCUCACAAAGAAUCCACGUUCACGAAUACAAGUGCACGCGCUCUGCGUGUAUAUAUAUAUAUAUGUCUGUGUAUAUAUAUAUAUAUAUAUAUAUAUACAUAUAUAUACAUGUAUAUACAUAUACAUACAUAUGUAUAAGUUAAAACUCUUUUGUAAAUACAUUUUAUAUACCGGCUGCGAGAACAGUCCGAUACGAGAGGACGGUUUUACGAAUCAAGAAUCUCAUUCUAUACUCGUUGGAUACGAUUCGCAAACUCGUUCGAUCAUUUCUGUCACACAAUGUCGUAAUACGUAUAUUAGUACAGAAUGAACAUUUGUACAGCGUGAAAAGAAGCAUGAAGGGGCACGGGUUGCUCCGUAAUAUCAUAUA